GAUUUUUCUUGUAACUGGAAUCCUCGGCAUCAAGUCAGCCAAGCAGAGAAAGAAAGUUAUAUUGACAUACAUGUCGAUGUGUAUUCUGAGUACCGUAGUUGCAGGCUUUGGGUUCAUGUAUCGAAUGAGUUACGCAAUCUGCCAGAGCUGGGCGUGUCACCACCCUCGGGUAUUCACAUCAAGACCCGUCGAUGAUCCAUUCCUUGUGACAAUGAUUAAAGGAGACCCUUACGGCUUCACCAAAAAUUGUACAACAUCAAUAAUUGUCAACAGCAUCAUCUCAACUGUAUUUUUCUGUCAUUUUGUUGCUGCAAUCUCGGGGUCGGUGGUAGCGUGUUGUGGUGGAAUUUGCUGCAACAAACCACAAGUGUUCGUUCCCAAAUCAAUUCUUCUCACAGAACACGAAAGCGUGCCAAUCAGGAAUCAGUAUUCAGCAAAAGACAGAGGUCAUGACCAGAAACGGUUGCUGAAUCCUCCUUCGUACAGCGGCGACGCGAAGAAGAAAGUAGUCAGUUUCAGCUGUAAAGAUCUCCCAUGAAAAGACUCUAGGCGCUUGACUGAACAGUAGAGGUCGCUCUUCAACAUCAUCGAAUUCGCUGUCGGAGCAACUUUGGAACUCUUCUCAUGCCGGUGUCGAUCUCAAAAUCAAAUUUGUGCUCAUCUUUGGGAUAAAUUUGUCGUCGGUCAAAAUUCUAUUGAUUCGCAACUUACAAGCUACUUCUAAUUCUGUUUUUGCCAUGACUAGUUAAACAGACCAAGGAAUAUGAAGAAAAGAAUUAUGUACCUGACUUAUGCUUGGAGUUUGUGUAUCAAACACAGAGGAUGAGACUGUGUACUAGGGGGCAUCUUUGGUAAUAAGAUAACCGAAAUCUCGAAAUGUUUGUUUGAGAUACUUCAACACGAAAGAAGAGAUUAUCCAAUGUAGAUUGCCAGUACGUUAAAAACAUACAUUCUCCGUUUUUUAAAUAACAUCUGAAGGUUUCAAAGGGCAAAGAAUGAAUCAACGUAUAGGAGCUUAACGGUACACUAUGCAUCUUUCUUGGACAUGAUCCUGAAAAGGUGUACCGUUAUCUUCGAUAUUUUUGAGGGAUUUUAUCUGUUGUGGUGUUUGCAUUAAAAAUGUGUUUUAUGUGUGUUUUCACCAGUUGGAUAAUUUUUCUAAUGUAGUUCAAAGCCAGAAACUCGAGUUAAAUAGACAAGAGGGAGUGUGAAAGUGUUGAGAUCAAGAAUUGUGGAUACAGCGUUGGAUCCAGGAUUGCCCAGGAGUAGGGCAAAAGGGAAACCACAAAAAAAAAAGAAAUGUCAUUCCAACACCUCCCCCCUCCCCUCAACACAAUUGACGGGGCCAAACAACUUGUACAUACAUUUCAUUGUCUAUUUAUAACAAUAAAAUCAAAAUUUUCUCCAGUCCCCCCCCCCCCCGACCUGCCAUCAUGGGUGUAUGUGCUGGGGCCGUCUUACAAAGAGUUGCGAUUGAUCCAAUCAAUUGCAGCUAUGGAAAGCCAGCAAAGUCAACCAAAAAAAUGCAUGUUUGCUAAAAAAAAUCUAGAUAUGAAUGUAUAUCCAUAAAUUCAUCGAUUUCUUGACAAUUUGGUGUGUUCUCCUUUGUUUACAAAGGACAUUUUGCAAAUUUCCUUUAGAAAAAAUUAUGACACUGAUGGAUUUCCAGUGUUACGAUUGAUUGGAUCAAUCGUAACUCUUUGUGAGACGGGGCCCUGAAAUCCACAUAAAUUCCUGACAAAAGGUCAGAUAUUUUGAAAAGUGCCAACGAAGGAGAAAACUAGAAUAUUUUAUGUAAAGUGACCUUUUUGAAAUGGAUACAAAAUUUAUAUAAAAAACAUUGAAGUGAUUUGAACAUUUUGGUAGAUAUACAGAUAUGCAGUUUCCAUUAUACUCUGUAUAUACUAUUACAUCAUUUUGAUGUAAACUCAUCAUACUUCCUUGGCCAAUUUUGGAACCCUUCCUAAAAUAAGUUCUGCCAUUUAGUGAUGAAGUGGUUGUAUCCGCUUAUUAAUGUUGUUAUUAAUUUACUGUUUUCAUAGUUAUGUACAUGCAGCUUUGUGUUUUGCACAUCUUCGGUGUCUACUCCUUUUACUACACCUUUUCAUAUCUAUAAGAGUUUAUAAAUCAUUUGUUUCAAAAAGAAUGCAAAAUGAUGACAAUCUCCAUCUCAUUUAUCAAUGAUUUGUUUGUAUCGAACAACUUAUCAUAAGAAAAUGAAUGUUUUAUUCACUUUACAUUUUAACUUAAUUCCUAUUUCAAAAUGUACAAAACUAAUCUUGUAUUUUUUUAGUUGUACAUUUUCAUUAUUUCCAUCACUGACUUGAUACUUAUACACUACAUGUAAUAUAUGGCUUAAAGUGAUUCAUCACAAAAACAAAUUUCAGCCUUGAAAUAUAAAUCAAUUCCUUUCACAGUGUCUUCAUAUACGUUUCAGGUGAUCUGAGAAAUUGUCCAAUGAAAAUCAUUCAUUUUUUUACAUAGUCAACACAACAGGUUUUUUUUUUUUUGGGGGGGGUUCAUUUUUUUUAAAUCUAUGGAACAAUGUAGAUGAAUCAGUCAGAAUGUACCAAUAUCUUGAAACGUUCUUUGUUUGUAAUGUGAAAAUCAUUUUGAAUUGAAGUACUUCAUUAAUUAUAUUUCAGUAAUUAUUCCCAGUCAGUAAUAAAUGAAAUCAACUCAAUGUAUGUUUUUAAGAGAAAAUUGAAAUUCUAUUUAAUCAACAGUACUUAAAUUUUAUCUGUACUGCACUGCUUUGUUUUCAUUGUACAAUUAUUUUCCCAUUACCUAUUCAUGAAUUAUCUUUACAUAAAUCUAAUUCUAUAAUGUAUUCUUAUCAAUGGUGUUUGUCAAGACAAUUCCAUUUUUUUUUAUGACCACCCUAUUCCAAUACUGAUGUGUGCUUUUUUAAUAUUGUAUAUUAUAUUUUAAUAUAUUUCAAUCUUUCAUUGCUAAUGUUUAAUUAA